CUCAGUGUGAAGGAUGGGAGAUCAAACGGCUUCGUCGUCCUCCGCUCUGAUGACAGAUGGAGCAUCCUUCGGUCUGAGCAGCAGCACCCAGCAGGAUGACCGGUCCCCUCUCCCUCUGCUGCCUCCUCCUCCUCCUCCUCUCAGCUCUCUCUCUCACUCUCACACAAGGUUAUUUAACUGUCUCCAUUGACCCCCUGCCACAUGUCGUUAUCGGAGACACAGUGACGCUGAAGUGCAACUUUCAAACGGACGGAAACCUGCGAGAGAUUGUGUGGUUCCGGGUGAGCACGCAGGUGACUGAAGGAGGCACAGCAAAGCAGAAGAUUUUCACCUACGAUGCCAUGUACAACACCAGCUACUCUCACCUGGAGGACAACAAGAAGCGAGAGGACCUGGUGUACAGGUCCACUGUGAGACUUCCUGAGGUGCAGAUGGAAGAUGAUGGCCUGUACGAGUGCCACGUGGGGAUCUAUGACCGGAGCUCCAGAGACAAAGUGAUCCUGUCCUCCGGCAGCAUCAUCCUCACUGUCAUAGUGCCUCCAAAGUCUAUCUCUGUGGUGGCAGCCAACAGCCCGGCUCCUUUCAGCCGCUACGAGGCCCAGAACUUCUCCCUGGUCUGCAUUGUUACCGGAGCAAAGCCGGCCCCUGUGGUGUACUUCAAGCGGGAUGGAGAGCUCAUCGAUGUGGUGCCGCCGACCCAGUCUUCCUCUUCAGCUGAACACAAAAAUAGGAAGCCUGGAAAGAGCCGGGGUCGUAGCCGGGCCGGACUCCUGAGCUCACAGAUUCACGUUAGUCGAGAUCUAGACGACACUAAACUCCAGAAGUCCCUGUCCCCGCCAGAGAAAGAGGGGAAACCAGCUCGGCUGGGACAAGAUGGACCUGAGCCAGGAAAGGGGGAAGGGCCUGAGUUCAACCCCGAGCCAACCACCGAGAUGAUCCCUGAGACGGUGGUGAGCCGGGAGUUUCCCCGCUGGGUGCAGAGCAGUGACCCGCUGUAUUACUUCCAGCACAGGCAGCAGGCGGCUGGGGACGGGACCAUGGAGGUGAGAGCCAUGCUCACCUGGAGCCUGAACCCCCAGCUGGACAACGAGGCCCUGUUCAGCUGUGAGGUCAACCACCCGGCUCUGUCCAUGCCCAUGCAGGCCGAGGUCACGCUGGCUGCUCCCAGAGGACCCAAGUUGACCAUGACCCCCGACAGAGCCACGGUGGGGGACACGGUUCGGAUCACAGUCCAGGGCUUCCAGCUGGGCCCCUCAGCGAGCGAGGUGUUCCCUGAGCCCAUGUUUACUUGGACCAGGGUCGGGGGUCGUCUGCUGGAUGGCAGCGAGACUCACGACGGGAGGGAGCUCAUCCUGGACAGAGUUCCUGCCGAGCUGAACGGCUCCAUGUUUCGCUGCACUGCCCAGAAUCCUUUGGGCUCAACAGACACGCAUACUCGCCUCAUCGUGUUCGAAAACCCCCGACUGAAGAAAGAAAAAGGACAUUUUGUCGCGGUUGACUCGUCUGCCUCUCAGCGCUCCCUCUCAUUGACCUCCAUGUUGCUGCUGCUGAGCUUCACCUUUGAGCUGACGUGACCCGAGGCCCUGCUGCUCCUCCACACCUCCACCUGCGUCUACCUGAGGAACCUGCUCUUCAAUGACCCCCUGACUGUGGCUAAACCUCCACCCGGCUUGUAGCAGCAGCACUCAGAGCUGCUGAUACAUUAAAAAAUGCAGCAGGACUUCAAAUCAGGAGCGAAGACCGACACUGAAACAGCAUCAGAGACACGAGCUGCAGGUCCAGAUGCUUCACACCAUGCCGUCACACUGUGAAAGACUUACUGAUGGGUCACUAAAGCUACUGUCACUAGUAAUGAAGAUGUAAGAAACUCUAAUGCAGCGUACUGAGGGAGAUAUCUGAUGUAGUUUGAGUGAGUUUACCUCUAAAAGUCUGCAGGGUUUACACUCCAUCCCAGGGAAUAAUAGAGCUCUGAUAGGCCGGCCAAUUAGCCCUCCCUCCUGCUGACAUGAUUGCUGAUGUUACAAAAAAGGUUUUCUCCUCUUGACAUGAGCUGUACAAAAUAAAUAAAUGAUUAUAAAUAUAUCUAGAGGGCAGACAGAGCUGUGAGAAAGUGACUGAAGGGCCUGAGAUUACCAGAAAAUGAUUCAGCAAGAUCUUGUGAAAGGUUGUAUUCCUACCUGGCCUUAUUUCUUACAUAAUUUGGGCUCUAAGUGACCGAAAAGUUCAGGAAGUCUGGGAUUUUCUUCAGUAGAUUGCUUCAGCCUGCUGCCAUGCAACAGCCUGGUGGUUGUUUGUAACACUGACAGACUCUGAUGGUUAUUCUAAGGAUGAAGCUCCACUUUUUCCUAUGAGAGAUGGUUGGGGUCCAGUAGCUCCUCAGGCUGCUCUCACAUCUGUGCUUGCUGUCAUUAUUUCACCACUCUCAAGACCAGCCUGAGGCCACACUAACGUUUUACCACAGAGUCAACAGGCAGAGGGGGAAUGUGACGGACUACUUUCUGUGGAUUGAUUUGAUAUGACGUGUGUGCUUGAUACAGGUUAUAUCAAGCAUCACUUUAGUUAAGAAUUAGUCACAGCUGUUAGAUACUGUGUCCACUGCCACCAUUUUUUGUGCUGGCAGCGCCUGUUUUCUAUUCAAACUCAGUGUAAUUCAGCGUUUCAGCGCUCAGCUCCCUCCUUGCAAAAACGCCCUUAGCGCCAGCUGAUUUUUGUUGAAGCGCUCAGAGCGCUUUAGGUUUAAAAAAGUUCAACUUUUGGUACACCACCGCGCUCAUCAAUUGAUCACUGACGAAUUAGAAUCAACAAGGGGCGGGACUUCACGUAUCAACUUUGUCUACAGCAAUGGCAGAGGUCUGUUAGGAGGAGGAAAGUUAUCACACUCGAUUCCUAUAAAUAGUUUUAGCAGUUUCUUGAUGAAAUGUUGUGCAUGCAUGAAUGCAAGUAUGAAACAGAGCAUUUUAAAACUGACCUAACGGUCACUUCUUAGGGAAGGGGAAGUGACAGGAGCCAACUUUCGUAACCUAGAAACAGUAAAUGCUAGUGAGAAGCGCUCCGAAAUUGAGGUUUCAGGCACUCCCAGCGCAAAAAAAAAGGCUGUCAGUGGACACGGCACCUUAUGGUGCUUUGAUGAGUCAGAAGCAUUUCAUUCUAUUCUGCUUUGAUGCAUUCUUUUCCGUUUCAUUCUAUUCUAAUGUUUUUACCACAGUGUCAACAGGCAGAGGGGAAAUGUCGGACUUCUUUCUGAGAAUUGAUUUGAUAUGUCGUGUGUGAUCAGGAUGUCCCUACCACCGCUUAUGCUUUUAAGAAUUAAUCACUGUUCUUAUGUAGUUGUGGUUUUGACCAAUUAGAAACAAGUAUAUCACACAGAUGAGUGAUAAAAAGUUGUUCAGAUCCAACAGGACGCUCAUGUUGAACACGACAACACAUAAAAAUGACAUGAAGAUACUUGUCAGUGUUGUGUGGUGGCUUUGAACCGAGCCCCCUCACAACGUUUCAAAAUAAAAUCCAUCUCUCAGGG